UGCAACUCUAUCUUAUACUCUAUUGUCUAUUAAAUUCAUUAUUUUUUGGCUCAAUCAGCGAACGUUCAACAACAUAUUAGCGAUGAUGGCGGCGGAUUGGGAGCAAAAGAAUAGUACCGAUUUCAGUGUGACAAUAAACACAGCCACUCUGUCGCAUUAUUUCUCCAACAUUAUUGUCGGUUUCCAUAUGUUAACUGCAACAUUGUACAGUAUUAUGAUUGUUUUCGGCGCAAAUAACCACAAAAUGACCAAGGUAUCCGAGCGACCGUUCAUUUUAAAGAUGGAUUUGCCGUUUGAUAGUGAUACACAAUUUUCUUAUGGAUUAGUGUUGAUAGUGCAAUUUUCCUACUUAUUGAUCACUUCCUGUGCUCUUAGCACGUUAAACGCUCUCCUUAUUGUUUUGGUACUGCAUUUAGUUGGGCAAAUCAAUAUUCUUGAUAAAUGGUUGACAGAAAUGUAUUCGAAAGAAAAUGGAUUUAAGCCAAGCUUAACGUUGAUAAGAAAACUAAUUAAGAAGCAUCAAAGAAUUAUUGAUUUUUCAGAAAACAUCGAAACUAUCUAUUCCAAUAUUGCGCUGAUGCUCUUCGUAUCGGAUACUUUGAUUAUCUGCUGUGUUGGAUUUGUAAUCGUUACGUCAAUUGGGACACCUAAUGCUGUUGCAACUAUAAUAAAAUCUCUUGCAUUUUACGCCGUAAUAAAUUUAGAGGCAUUUAUGUUUUGUUUCGCUGGGGAAUACUUAAGCGUUAAGAGUAAAACGAUCGGAGACGCUGCGUACAAUUCUCAGUGGUACGAAACCAAAUUUCAAGACAGCCGAAUUAUUUUGUUGUUGAUAAUGAGAUCGCAAAACCAAUUGACGAUUACAGUGGGGAAAUUCGCGGAUCUUUCCUUAGAACGAUUUGCAAGUUUUGUAAGAGGUGCAGCAUCUUACGUAUCAGUCAUGUUAGCGAUGUAUUGAAGAAAAAAAUGCGUCUGCUUCUAAUAAAUGUUAAAAUUUGACUAUUGUAACAAUGCGAGAAAAUCUGCACAUAUUGAGUAAAGAUAAUUGUAAUCAUAUUUUUGUCUCAUUUCCGUUUUUCAAAUAAAUCGUGCAACUCUGCACAUAUGUGCACAUCAAUAACUGGAAACAUCAUGUCAAUUAUAACAGAUCGAUGUUAAAUUCCCUUUAUUCGUUGAAAAUAAGGGCAAAC